CGAGAUUUAAUCCUCUCGCCUCCAGACGAUCAGCCUUUUGACAAGCUUCGCUCGGAACUGAUCAAACGAUCAUCCGCAUCGGAGCAAAGACGACUCCAGCAACUAAUAACAUCCGAAGAGCUCGGAGACCGAACGCCCUCCCAGCUUCUUCGACGACUGCAGCAGUUGGUGGGUGAUAGGUUGCCAACUUUUGAUACCUCCCUGCUGCGAGAGCUUUUUCUUCAAUGGCUACCAUCAAACGUACGCAUGGUGCUCGUUUCCACCCCAUCCAUGAGCCUUGACGAUCUAGCUCAGCUGACCGACAGAAUCAUGGAAGUGGCACUUCCCAUUGUAAUUUCGAUCGACAGGAUGCCUGGAGAAACGAGUGCGAUGACGAUACCACAACACGCAGUCAGCGACUACCCGGCAUCUCCUGUUGUUACGGAACUUGGCCAGCGGAUAUUCAAGCUUACACACUCCAAAAAAAGCCCACGCAGUGCAGCGCAAGUAGCAGCUCUCGUCUCCCGACCUCCUGCCCCCCACCAGAGCCGCUCAACCUCUCGGCCAAGAUACCCUUCGUCUCCUAGGCGUCCGUGCCAGAACAACGAAGGUUUGUGCUGGUAUCACAAGACUUUCGCUAACGACGCUCGGCGAUGUCACCAACCUUGCUCGGCGUCGGGAAACGAACUUGUCCACCACUAG